AGAAAGCAAAGUACAAAGACAACCUUUUUGACUGCUGUAUCUAGCUGCCGUGUAAUGUCUCUCCUAACACUUGAGCGGAGUUCACCCUCUCCUCAUGAAUCGGAACAGGAAAAUGAAGACCUUCUCUCUACGUCCAGCUAUGAGGGAUUUGUUGCUAGGGACCACUACGCACUCUGCCUCACUCCUAGACCAAUAGCAUCUCUAGGCCCGGGACGUCGUGGUGAUCACAUGCGUAUCUUCUCUCACCUCAAGAAGCUGGUCAAACUACUGCGGCCUGCCGACAAGCUCAAACUGGCUGUGGAGUUAGAGAACACCUUACCUCGUAAGGUAACCAAGUACAUUGUCGUCAUCAUUACCCAUGGCAACCAGGAGACUGACGAGACCAUUGUGUUGGGUACAGAGCAAGACAAUUCAAACAUUCGUAUUGGGCUGGUCCUGCCUCUAUGGAGAGACACACAGAUCAAACUUGAUGGAGAUGGAGGGUUCAGUGUACACACUGGUGACAGACAGCACGUCUUCAAGCCACUCUCCGUACAGAGCAUGUGGACUGCCCUGCAGACGCUGUACAAGUGCACUGAGCACGCCCGACUGAACAACUACUAUGUGGGGGGCCUAUCCCACGCCUGGAUGAGGCACUACAGCUCCAGACUCACCACGGACGGUUCCAUCCUCAACGAGUGGAACCUCAGUGAGGACGUGGAAUCCUUCAGACCUUAUUCAUCCAUCUACAGCUCGGACGCCAGUGCACUCACUGAGGAGAAUAAAGCAUUUGAGAAGGUCCUCUCACACAAGCUGCGUCAGAUCAUGUUGGAGCAAGACCUCGAAGAGAUCACCUCCAAGCAACUCAGGCUCCUGCUACAGAAAGAGAUGAAUAUGGAGCUCAAGAAAUACAGAGAGUUUCUUGACAGAGAAAUGCUGCGAAUCUUGGGACAAAUGGAACACCCCUCCAAGAUACACGACUACCUCUACCUGGGAUCGGAAUGGAAUGCAUCCAACCUGUCAGAGCUGAAGGAGAUAGGAGUGAAGUACAUACUCAACAUCACCAAGGAGAUAGACAACUUCUACCCUGAGGAGUUCAAGUACCUCAACAUUCGUCUGUACGAUGUCCCAGGAAGUGAGCUUAUGAAACAUUGGGACAAGACCUUUCGGUUCAUCAAAGAAGCAAAGUUGUCUGGCAAGAAGGUGUUAGUCCACUGUAAGAUGGGCAUCAGUAGAUCAGCUGCCACAGUGAUAGCGUACACUAUGAAAGAGUACACUAUGUCACUGGAGGAUGCAGUGGAGCAUGUCAAGGGGAAGCGCUCUAUUGUGAACCCCAACGAUGGAUUCAUGCACCAGCUCCAUGACUACCAGGGGAUACUCCGGGCCAGGCACAACGAGCUGUGGGGUAAGAAAGCUCCCAGUCGACUCCACCCUCUCCAAAGAAGCCGGAAAUGCUUCCACUCUGAGCCCUCCCUCGUAGAUUGCGGUACGGAAUCAUCGGUUGAACCAGAACUAUCAUUCCUACCGGAAGAAGACCUCCCUUUGAUGUCACAUGACCCCCUACACUCGUCUCUCUCGCUGUUUCCACUAGACCCCUCCCUACCAGUCGACAAACACGAACACAUUCGCAACUUUCUGGCCUCUCUACCCCCUGUGGUGAUAGAUGAUGACCAAGGCAUAGGGGACAUUCCCUACACCUCCGAGAGUGGCUCUGGCUACUCCACCCCUAAUCUCUCCCCAACCGACAAUGAUCAUUUCGAUAUCAGAGUGCAAAAACUUCUCUCUCGAAAGGGAAGAUCCGAUUCAGUGGGUUCCAAUACACAUACCAGUGCCGAGGCCGAAAGAGAGGCAGCAAAAGACAAAGAGAUAAAAUCUGAAGGCGAAGUGACAUGUAACACACACACAGAGGCCUCGCCCACAUCAGAACACGGGGUCAUUGAGGAGAGACUUUCUGAUGCCGAAAUAAAACAACCAGUUGUUAACCAGAUCCCGUUCACGAUUAAGACCAUUGGCCGUGAUUCCGUCAGUGUCCCCGGCUCCGUUGAACCCUCUUCCCUCUCUCCGAAUCCCUCAAGCAACAUAUCGGUAGGCAGCCAGUCCCCGCAAAUGGAGGAGGUGGACUUUGAAAAUCCCACACUAUUCAGACUGGGCAGUCCAGAGCCUGAGAUGGGCAGCGAGACUACUCCAGAAGCAGCUGGCACCAUACAAAGCACUCAGAUACAGAGUGUCCCUGAGAGGGUGAAGGAGAUUGAAAAACUGAGUUCAUUGACUGACCUCAGCCCUGGAGUUAAAACGGAGGCAACAAAUGUUGUCAUGCCGUUGAUAAUCAGCAGAGAUUCGUCUGUAUAUUCUCAACUUUCGGCAUGUGAUCAAGAGCUCGUCCAAUUGGAAGUGGCAGAGCCCUCCCCCCCACACCACAUCACAACACGCCAUGAAUCUCUCAGUCCUAGCCCACCUACCAGGAGACUUACAGAGCAUGUGCGACACUCGAGUCUUGUCAACCUCCCCAGUAGCAAUAAACCGUCAGUCAAGUGUGACUCGGAGGAUGUGCUUGGAUCCUCUCUUCGUGGAGCAGUGAGAGCUCGUAUCCUCGACAUUGAAGAGAAGAAAGGACAAGACGUCGAACUGCGUAAAAGUUCCAUUUCAGAUGCCUCUGCAAGAUCCUCGUCCCCCACUGGACUUAAAUCCGAGCAGUUGCCACGGCGACCUGCCAGUGUUGCCGUUGACGACCCCUCGGGCAAGCCAUGUAUGUCACAUGACAUCCAAAACCACGCCCACCAGUAUCGUCGUCGUGAGAGCACACCCCCUGCUGUAUUCUCUGCUUGGAGUACGUGGAUAUCUCACCAAGAUCUGCCCCCGCCUCCCGUACAGGACUUGAAACGAAAAUUUGAAGACUCUUAUUCUGAAGGCAGCAAGCCUAAAAUAGGUGGAGUUUUAAGGCGGAGUCAGUCACUACGUAAUGUAGACCCCCCACGAAGAAUAUCCCGUGGACCGAGGACCUCCUCUCCAGAGCAAAGCAGACGCCAUGGGAACUAACUCUCAAAACAUGAACUAGCUAUUUUGUCAAUCAUUUUUGUUUUUUCAUUGUAUGUGUUGCAUUAUAUUAUUUAUGUUAUUGAGUGUUGCUUAAUAAUAAUUAUUAUUGUUAUUAUUUUAAUUACUUAUUAUAUUAUUGUCAAAUGAUUCGUGUGUAAUUAUAACCACUCUUGAUAUUGACAUAAUUAUUCAAUUCAGAG